AUGGUAACCUUCAAGUUUCAGCCAAAGCCAGUCGGAGACUGCAUUACUGUACAAGGCGACGAGUCGGACCAGAUUGCUGCCCGUGUGUCCGCCGACCAAUCUAAUGGUGGACGGUCCAAUGUGCACCCACCAACCGGGUUGAUUACCCCCAUUGGAGAGAACGGCUGCGCAGAAGAUUCCCCUUUCCUGGACGUCACAAAAGCCUACACCGCCUACCUCAAGGGUGAAAUAACCACCUCGGGCAACAUCAUCCGUCGUUCGGAAGAGCAAAUUGUAACCACUAGUCGUCGUCAUCGCGAUUUAGUUCAAAAGAUCCUUCGGGACACCGCUGCGAAGGAUAACGCCGCCUCUGAAGUCACCGAAGCUCAGCAACAAAUGCUCAUCGCUAAAGAAGUCCAUGAUGCUGAAGCGGAAGCGCUCCGAGAAGCCCGUCGCAGUGCGAUUGAAAACCCGUCGGAUACUGGAUCAGCACAAGCGAUAGCAGGCCUUGCCCACCGCGAACGAGAGUCUGGUCAGCAUCAAGAAGCCCAGCGCGCUAUCGUGGAAGUCAAGCAGAGGAUUUUGGUUGACAUUAUGACCAUGCUGAAGAAGACUGAAGCCGAAGCCGCCGUCCUGUCGGACAGAUUGUGUGAGCUAGGCGAUGCAAAGGAAACAGAAGAGAAGAACGAACGGGACUUGACUAUUUUACGUCGCCUCAUCCGCUUGGGUCCCAAACUUGUCGAUCUUGUUGAUGAGCUUUUGGGUGAUCAAGAUAUCGAUGAUUGGUCAAGGGAAAAGGCCCAUGAGAUGGGACAAUUCGAGGACUAA